GUUUUGUUGGUUUGAUUGAAGAAAUUUUUUCUUUAGUGUGUUAAUUGUAAUUUAAAUUAAUUCUUUUUAUUAGUUAAUUUAAUUGGAUUGGUUUUCACAGAACUUGAGAUGGGUCGUAAAGCUUUUGUUCAAAGAGGCCGAAUUGCUUUAAUCUCCGGUGGUAGAUUUGGCAAUAAAUUAUGUACCAUUAUUGAUAUCAUCGAUCAAAACAGAGCUUUAGUCUCUGGACCAACAACUGGUGUUAAACGACAACCAAUGAGUUUUAAGAUGAUGAAGUUGACCAAAUUUUUGAUGAAAGAUAUUCAUCCAACUAUUGGUGAAAAAGCAUUGGCUGAAAGAUGGGAGAAAAGUGAUAUUGUUGAACAAUUUGCUAAAUCUAAAACUGGAAUGACUUUGGUCAACAAGAAAAAGAAAGCCAAGAUGGGUGAUUUCGAUCGAUUCAAACUCUACAAAACCAAGCAAAGGAUAAAUAGACUUGUGAAAAUGCAAACAGCUAGAUUAACUACCCUCGCUAAAAAUGCUGAAAAGAAAGCAGCAAAAUAGACAAUAAAUUUUGAAAUCCAAAUCUAUACCUAA